AUGGACGAUACCCCUUGGGACGAACUCCCACACGACGACUAUGGCCCAGGGUUGCUCGCCACAGUAUGGACUCUUAUUGGUAUUGCUGGUGCAUUUAUAGGCCUACGGAUAUACUGCAAGUUCUCGCGUGGAAGAGGACUGUGGUUAGACGACCAUGUGCUGGUUGCAUCGUGGUGCGCUCUGCUAGCUCUGGGAUCGUUCAUCUCUAUCGACGUGUCAUACGACUUUGGCAAGCAUAACUGGGAUAUCACACCGGGAAAUUGGUCAUGGCUAUUACUCUACGCCAACCUUUCUGGGUCGUUUUCAAUCAUCGCAGCAGCUUGGAGCAAGACGUCUUUCGCGCUGACCCUGCUUCGAAUCACACGAGAAUCAUCCGAACGAUGGAUGAAGUUGCUUGUAUGGUUCAUCAUCAUCUCAAUCAACACUUUCCUCGGCGUCAACGUGCUCUUCACCUGGAUACAAUGUUGGCCUGUUGAGAAGACUUGGAGGACAGCCUCAACACCUGGCACCUGCUGGCCGAAGAGCAUCAUGAUGAACUACAACGUCUUCACGGCAUCGUACUCUGGAGGGAUGGAUAUCGUACUGGCCAUCUUGCCUUGGAAGAUUAUAUGGGGGCUUACUAUGACCAAAAAAGAGAAAUUUGGUGUUUUAAUUGCUAUGAGCAUGGGCGUAUUCGCCGGUGCUGUAUCUUUUAUCAAGAUCCGAACGAUUGCUGCGAUAGGAGCUUUCGACAUUAUCGAUACUGUCGAGUUGGUGAUCUGGGGUGCAGCAGAAAGUGUUGUCACCAUCAUCGCUGCAACCAUACCAAUACUGCGAGCAUUGGUACGGGACCACAAAGCACCACCGGCUCGAUUCGCUAGUGACGAAGAGUCCAUGAUGCGCCGUCUAGGAGCAGCCUCGAUUGCAACAGCUACCGUAGCGAGCCCAGGUUUGAGGAGGUCAAGAUCUGAUCUGGAGUUAGCGGAGUGGAAGGACCCAUUGACCGAGACUCGGGCGGGUCAACAUAACCAGGUCCCGAGGCCGUGGAAAGUAGGUGAUGUGAGGUUUGACCCAAAGAGAGGGAAUGCAACGAUACCACCUGGCGUUUUCAAACGAGGACACGAUGAGACGGAGUACAGUGGUUCUAUGGAGUUAUCCAGAAGACUAAAGUAG